UGCCUCGUUCGUCUUAUUGUUGUAAUUUUGCUUAUAAAACCGGCAAAGCCGGGAACAGAUGCAAAAACCACCGCACUCAUCUUGCUUGUGUAAUAUUCGCUCCUCAUCCGCCCCUCCACACACACACGUCCCCAGCCGACGCUGAAAGCAAGAAAUCUCUUCAACUUCUACCGAAAGUAAGGAAUUCUCGAGAUCUUUUAGCGUCUAGGGUUCUGCUCAUUUCCCGUCUCUCUGGGUCUGGGGACCUUCUACAUAACGAGUUAUGUUUAGCUUUAGCUUAACUGAAGUUUAUCUCACAUUUCUUGUCAGUCGAUCUAAUUUUCUUGAAAUCUACCUAACUCCCGCCAAGUCAGAUCAAAUUGAGCUUGGUUUAACAGUCCAUAAGCUCACUUGCUCUGUUUGAAACCAGUGGUAUGAUUCAGAAACUGAUAUUAUUUCGUGUUGUAUGUAUUGGAACCGUAUAUUCCUGUUUCUUUGUAAGUUUUUCGCUUAAAGAUCUGUAUAAUCGGACCGAGGCAUACAGAUAUAGUUCAGUUUUCUGUAAUUCUUUUUUCUUGCUAUAAGUGGAGUGUGGCAUCUUUAAACGGGAAUCUCAUCCGAAAAUGCUCUUCUCUUAGAGGAAAGGAGGAGAGAAAUGGCAAUGGCAAUGGCAAAUGGUAGCAGAGUUUGAUCUACUCUUUUCUUGGGAGCAAGAAGAAUUAAAUCCACCGUUCAUUUUGUUAUUGGCGGAAGAUGGCAGGUAGACGAAAGAGAACAAUACGCCUCAGCAAGCUCUACACCUUCUCGUGCCUUCGGACUUCCUCCAAGGAUGAUCAUUCGCAGAUAGGGCAGAGAGGUUACUCGAGGGUGGUGUACUGCAACGAUCCAGACAACCCUGAAGCGAUUCAGCUCAAUUACAGGGGAAACUAUGUUUCUACAACUAAGUACACGGCAGCUAAUUUUAUCCCCAAGUCUUUGUUUGAGCAGUUUAGGAGGGUUGCCAAUGUUUACUUUCUUGUGGUUGCCUGUGUUUCUUUUAGUCCUUUGGCACCGUACUCGGCUGUUAGCAUUCUUGCUCCUCUUCUAGUUGUGAUCGGAGCUACAAUGGCCAAGGAGGCCGUGGAAGACUGGAGGCGCAGAAAGCAGGACAUAGAGGCCAACAAUCGGGAGGUCAAAGUUUACAGUCAGGAUAAUACUUUCCAUGUAACCAAAUGGAAGAAACUCCGAGUUGGAGAUGUUGUUAGGGUGGAGAAGGAUGAAUUCUUUCCUGCUGAUCUAUUUCUGCUGUCCUCAAGUUAUGAUGAUGGGAUUUGUUAUGUUGAAACCAUGAAUCUUGAUGGUGAGACAAACCUAAAAGUUAAGCAAUUUUUGGAGGUGACGUCUGCAUUUCAAGAUGAGUGCUCCUUACAAAACUUUAAAGCAGUUAUCAAAUGUGAAGACCCAAACGAAAAGUUGUAUUCCUUUGUUGGGAGUUUGCACUAUGAUGGUAGUCAGUACCCUCUAUCACCACAGCAAAUUCUUCUGAGGGAUUCUAAACUUCGAAACACUGAAUAUAUUUAUGGUGUGGUGAUUUUUACUGGGCAUGACACAAAGGUAAUGCAGAAUGCUACAGAUCCUCCUUCCAAAAGAAGUAAGAUUGAGAGAAGAAUGGAUAAAAUUGUCUAUGUCCUUUUCAGUACCCUGGUUUUAAUUUCUUCUGUUGGAUCCUUUUUCUUUGGAAUCAAAACUAAGAAUGAUAUGAGUGGUCAAACAUAUGAAAGGUGGUAUCUUAGGCCAGACAAUACAACUAUAUUUUUUGACCCAAGAAGGGCUUCUUUAGCAGCAUUUUUUCAUUUCUUGACAGGCCUUAUGUUGUAUGGAUAUUUGAUACCAAUAUCCUUGUAUGUAUCCAUUGAGAUUGUAAAGGUUCUGCAGAGUAUAUUUAUUAACCAAGACCAGGAAAUGUAUUAUGAGGAAACUGACAGGCCAGCGCGUGCCCGCACAUCAAAUUUAAAUGAGGAACUUGGGCAGGUCCAUACCAUACUAUCAGAUAAAACUGGUACUUUGACAUGUAACUCAAUGGAGUUUGUUAAAUGCUCCAUAGCAGGUAUUGCUUAUGGUCGUGGUGUGACUGAAGUGGAGAGAGCUAUGAAAAAAAGAAGAAAAGAUAGCUUGCCUGAUUUUUGUAACCCAUCAGCUGAACUAGGGGACUAUGGUGAUAACAUUACGGACUCAAGAAAUGCAAUAAAGGGUUUCAACUUCAGAGAUGAACGUAUCAUGGAAGGAAAAUGGGUAAACGAGCUUCAUUCAGAUGCCAUACAGAAAUUCUUUCGUGUAUUGGCAAUCUGUCAUACGGCCAUUCCUGAUGUAAAUAAAUAUUUGGAUGAAAUUUCUUAUCAAGCUGAGUCUCCUGAUGAAGCAGCUUUUGUUAUAGCUGCUAGGGAGAUUGGCUUUGAAUUUUAUGAAAGGACACAGACAAGCAUCUCAAUGCAUGAGUUAGAUCCCCAGACUGGGGAAAAGGUUGACAGAUCAUAUAAGCUUCUUCAUGUCUUAGAAUUUAAUAGUUCUCGCAAACGGAUGUCCGUGAUUGUAAGGAAUGCAGAGGAUCAGUUAUUGCUCUUUUGCAAGGGUGCAGAUAGUGUGAUGUUUGAAAGGCUCUCACAGGAUGGGCGGAUGUUUGAGACUAAAACCAAAGAUCACAUCAGCAAAUAUGCUGAGGCUGGUCUGCGAACGUUGGUAAUUGCAUAUCGUGAUCUUGGUGAAGAAGAGUACAAAAUAUGGCAAGAAGAAUUCUUCAAAGCCAAGACUUCUGUAACUUCAGACCGAGAUGCACUAGUGGAUGCUGCAGCGGAUAAAAUUGAGAAGGAUUUGACUCUUCUUGGUGGUACAGCUGUUGAGGACAAACUGCAGAAGGGGGUCCCUGAGUGCAUUGAGAGGCUUGCCCAAGCUGGAGUAAAGAUAUGGGUCUUAACUGGUGAUAAGUUGGAAACUGCAGUAAAUAUUGGGUAUGCAUGUAGCUUGCUGAGACAAGAGAUGCCGCAGAUUAUUAUCACAUUGGAUACACCAGAUAUCAAUGCCUUGGAGAAACAAGGGGACAAAGAUGCAGUUGCAAAGGCCUCUCGUGAGAGCGUGAUGAAACAAAUACAAGAAGGAAAAAAUCAAGUUAGUUCAGCUAAAGGGAAUUCUAUGGCAACAACUCUUAUAAUUGAUGGUAAGUCUUUGGAUUUUGCUCUUGCCGGUAAUACCAAGAGCUUGUUUCUGGAGCUGGCGAUUGGUUGUGCAUCUGUUGUUUGCUGCCGUUCCUCACCAAAACAGAAGGCGCGUGUUACAAGAUUGGUGAAAGAAACAGGUAAGACAACACUGGCAAUUGGUGAUGGGGCAAAUGAUGUUGGCAUGCUUCAAGAAGCCGACAUUGGAGUUGGUAUUAGUGGUGUGGAGGGGAUGCAGGCUGUCAUGUCCAGUGACUUUGCAAUAGCUCAAUUCCGUUUUCUGGAGCGUCUAUUGCUGGUGCAUGGCCAUUGGUGUUACAGGCGAAUAGCCAUGAUGAUAUGUUACUUUUUCUACAAAAACAUAACAUUUGGGUUUACCCUAUUUUGGUUUGAGGCUUAUGCUUCUUUCUCUGGUCAACCAGCUUACAAUGAUUGGUACAUGUCCUUUUACAAUGUCUUCUUCACUUCGCUCCCAGUUAUAGCCCUUGGUGUUUUUGAUCAGGAUGUUUCUGCACGCCUCUGCCUCAAGUACCCUCUUUUGCAUCAAGAAGGUGUACAGAACAUCCUUUUCAGCUGGGCCCGUAUACUUGGAUGGAUGCUGAAUGGGGUUUGCAGUUCCAUAGUUAUCUUCUUCUUCACCACUAACUCCAUCCUUCACCAGGCCUUCAGGAGAGAUGGGAAAGUGGCAGGCUUUGAGAUUCUUGGUGUAACAAUGUAUUCGUGUGUUGUUUGGACGGUGAACUGCCAGAUGGCUCUCUCUAUUAACUACUUUACAUGGAUUCAGCACUUCUUCAUCUGGGGCAGCAUUGCCUGCUGGUAUGUAUUCUUGGUGAUUUAUGGGUUGUUCCCACCAACAGUGUCCACGACAGCAUACAAGACCCUUGUGGAAACUUGUGCUCCGAGUCCUCUCUACUGGUUGGCCACUUUGUGUGUCGUCAUCUCGGCACUGCUACCUUAUUUUCUAUAUAAAUCUUUUCAGAUCAGGUUUUUCCCCAUGUAUCAUAACAUAAUUCAAAGAACAAGAUUAGAGAGCUCAGAGAGUCAGACUUCGGUUGGGUUCUCCGCUGGGAUUGAGGACGUAAUUCGUCCGCUGAAGGAGAGACUGCGACGUAGAAAGUCAUGAAAAAAAUUAAAAAUGGCUGGCAUUCCCAUUAUUCACCAUGUACUUGUAAGAUUUGUUGGUAAGGUGCAGCCGGAGGUAGAGUUGUAUGCUAAACGUGAGGCCCAUUGACAUUGAGAGGUUGUGAACUGUUGUUGUAUAAUAUACCCGAUUCAAUUAUUUUAGCUUGGGUUGCCAGGCAAGUGUUGGGAUGCUUUCAGGGAGGGGGUUCAGUGAAGGUGAAAGUCCCCACUCCCCAGCCCAACAUACAAAAUUGUAAAAAGUCUGUAUAAAUACAGUGCAGGCACAUGUUUUUCCCAAA